CUGUGUUGAUUUGGUAUGGUUUAAAAUUGUAGGUUAUUUUAUUGAUAAAAAUAUUAUUAUUUUUUGUCUAUAAUGUCUCUUCAAGCAAAUAUUCGCUCUUUAUUUCAAAGAAUUAUUAUUUCUGAUAUGAAAGUAGUAAGUCGGUUUUAUUGCACUCCCAACGAUGAAAAUAUCGAAGAAGAACAAAAAAAAGCAAUAGAUCCUUCCAAGGAUAGAACAAAAGUAAUUCCUGUAGAAACAAGCAUACGUUAUCUUCAAAGCAAAGCUUAUGAAGAAACUUAUGGUGGUAAACCAGUGUGGACAUUAUAUCGACGCAAUCACAAAGGUGGUUUUGCACCUCGUAAAACUAGAAAAUCUUGUGUUCGAGGCGGUAUUAUUUCUACUGGAAAUCCAUGUCCUAUCUGCCGAGACGAAUACUUGGUAUUAGAUCACAGAAAUACAAAAUUGUUGCAACAAUUUAUUUCAGAAUACACUGGCCAGAUACUUGAUGCCUUUCAUACAGGAAUAUGUCAGAGGAAACAAAAAGAACUUCUGGUGGCUAUAGAAAAAGCAUGGGAUCAAGGAAAUUUGACCUAUGAUGUUCCUUUCAGAGAAUAUGAUUAUAGUUUGUACAAUAAAACCACAAAUUAA